AUGGAAUAUCUGAGAAUCAUAUGUUCAGAAGUUCGAGAAAGCUCCAAUGCAGCGUUUUUGGAAGCAAAGGACCAAGACUGUAAAUCGAUGAUUCCAGUGGACUUUAUGGGGAACACUUACGAGCAGACAACAGGUAAAAGGCAGUCAUUGACAUCAAGCUAAUGAUGAUUAAAAAAUUUAAAUAGCAUUUUCUUUAAAUUUGAAUGGAAUUAACUAGCCUAGUAGCAUGUGCAUUUCAUAACCGUGAAAGCGGUUAACAUUCUUGCAGUACUCGAGACUGCCUUAGGUAUGUGAGUGACUAGCACCUACUGCACUGACCCGACUUCCUUCAUUUUGUGGAAUCCAUUCAUCGUUUUAUUUUUACUAAAAGUUGAAUGAAAGAUCGCAUGAAUAACACAAAAACUGAUAAGUGAAUUUCAGCUACAUCAAACUUUAUAGUAAAAGUAUAAGGCAACUGAUCGGCUUUAAAGGAAAAAUGACCGGGCGGAGAGCUGACCUCGAUUCACAGCACGAAUGGCCCUUGUUCAUAUGAUUGAAAGUGACCGAUAGAAGCAAGAGCAGUCAUGCCUCGUUGGGAAAGAUUCGCCUUUAUCGCAGCCGACAGUUAUUCUUGCAUCUAAAGGAUCCUAAAGCGGCAAAAAGCUCCAAAAACGACUGCGUGGGAGGCUACAGUUAUUCCGGCAUCCGGGCAUGGAUAAUGUCAAUAAUGAUUCAACAGACUUGUACUCGAUCUCAAGCCGUUUCCAUCGGUCACGUUUGUUCGUUUGUACAAUAAUUUUAGAUGCGAUUCGCACUGUGAAACCCCUCUGUGCCCUUAUUCAACGCUGAAUUAGGUCUUAUGCUACUGGGAGCUGCCAAAAUUCACUUUUCAAUUUUAAUUUUUGUCUCCUGUGAGAGGCAUAUAUCGAAACUCGUCAAAACAGACACUGGUUUCUGUUGCAUAAUCAGGUUCUUAACAUUAUCUCCAUUGAGUCCUUCUUGUAUUUCAGAAUUCUCUAUUGGACAAUGUGACCCAGGAAAAAACACCUUCUCGUGCUACAUUGGGGACAAAAAAUACUUCCUGUGUGCAGAGAAUAACAAAGUAUUUCUGAUGGUAAGUAACAAUCCGAGUUAAGUAAAAUGGCAAUUCCAUAGUGAUACUCAUCAGAUUUGGGGGUCACCUCAUGCACUCAGACACAUUCCCUUGAUGUUAUUGCGUAGAAUAAACAACAAGCUUUAACCAGGUUCUUUGACGCACAAGAAUUUAUGACAGAUCGAAUAGCUUUCUUGUAAAUCGUUAUAACGAUUAACAAAAAGCUGUUUCUCAUCUAUCCGACUUUCUUAAGGAUCCUUUAGAUCCAUGUCUUUAGGUGAUAGGGAAUAGUAUUUUAAGAGCAUAUGAGUAGUUCUAGCCAUGCACCUCAUCUUCUUCACCUUUUUUUUAAUAUUCCUAUUUUUCUGUCUAUCAUAGGCUGAGAAUAUUCUUGAAUUUUUUCGAAUUAUAAAUAAUAAUUAUAGUUAAUGGCAUUUCCGCUUUAGAAGGUAUUGGGGUUUUAAUUACCAAUGUUCUUGCCGUUUUGUGAAAGGAAAUAAUUUUCUACGGUUAAGUUAAAAACGCAAAUUUUACUUUAUUGACAGAUUUACAAACACAAAUUGAGUCGUUGUUAUUUUGAAACUCCCAGUCCCGAGUUUAUCCUUAAAAUAUUCUUAAGGUUUCCCAAAUUUCAUUCUCAAUAUUCUUAUAAAAUACAUUGUUAUAGAAAAAAAAGAGGGUACUAGACUGCUGUGAUAAGUCACACCCUUUUCGUAUAUUGUUUUACCUAGAAUGCCCCCAGAUAUCAGCUCUUUUAAUUAAAUCUAAGAUAGGGUUACAAGAUCGAUGGUGACAGGGAAACGAGUUCAUGCGCUGAAAAUGUGAAACCGAUCAUGAGCUGCGUUAUUAGGUCUGAUUAGUUUCUUAAUCACUUGAGCGCUUAAAUUAUAUAUUGCGAUGUCAACUGGAUAAAGUAAAAACAGUUUUUCUUUUCUCUUUUUUUUAUUGCACAUAGUGUUCCGAUGGCCGCGACCCUAACGAUGUUAGGUUCUUGUUUAGAGUUGACAAUGUUGACAGAAGAACGCAGAGUAGCAAGUAUUUUACCAUUCAGUCUGCAAAAUCAGGAAAAUUUCUGGUCAGUGAUGAGUCAGGGAACGCAUCUAUGAAGGAGAUAAAGGACCACACAGAUGGACCGACUUCUGACAGACAAGCCUGGUUUCAAUUUAUUCACAAAGAUGACAUGGUGGCCGAGAAAAGUGUGCACGCGAUCAGAGAAGAUAAAAUUUUUCCAGGCAGAAUUUAUGAAAUCCAGCAAGCUGUUACUUGUACAUUGACAAAGAUGUGA